AUGGCUGUGUAUUUCCGGAAGCAUCCCCUGGAGAUUCCUCUGCCAUCUGAAAAGGACUGGCUAAAGGAAGAUGAGGAAGAUUUCUUUCAGCUGGAUCCUGAUCGAAAGAGUGAAGUGUUACCUCAGCCCUUCAGGAUGAUCAACAAACUGGUGAUGAUGGUCUUUGAAAAUGCGAUGGAAAUUAUUGAAAGAAAGGAGUUGCUCCAAGAAGCACAAAAACUAAAGGUCCAGCCCACAAAAUGCUUUCCUACAGCUGAAUUCCAGGUAACUGGAAGAGCCAAUUGCCUUGUGGUGUCAGGAAAAUACAUCUUUGUUGGCCUGUCCAUGGGUCUGGCUGCCUUCAGGGUGUCUGACUGUAAGGAAGUCUGUGUUUGGGAUGCAGCCCAGACGGAGUUUUGUGCCAUCCAUGCUUCGGAUUUGGGGAAUGAGCGCCACGUCCUGCUUGCUGUGGAUGAAAUGGGUCUUGUCUGCCUCUUCUGCUUUCACAGGGAAAGCUUCCUACUCAUUAAGAUCCUAAAUGAAAUGGAGGAUGUCAGCAAGCGAAAUACUUGUGUGGAAGUGGUGCUGUCCCCAGGAGGUGAUUACACAGGAGUCCUGCUGCAAGACAGCAGGAAAGCUUGGCUGGACAUCUACCAAUUGCCUAAGGAUUCUUGGCUGAAGGAGAUGGAAAAGAACCCCACAGCAGGGCUGACUUGCAGGGAGAAGAGGUCAAGCUGGACAUCUGUGGAGCCUCCUGUGUCUGCAAACAAAGCUGAUGCAAAGCUGAGUCUCCCAGUGCUGCUGCUGAAGGUGAAACCACCCAAACCCAUUACAGGCAGUACUUUUACAAGCCCUGUGGAUGCCUUGAAGAAUGUGGAUGAUGGCAGCAUGCUUGGCUUGGGGUACAAUCACCUGAUCAAGGACUCCCAGUGGCAGCAGCAGGAAGCAAUUUUCCGCAGGACUUAUCAGGAGUAUCUGGAGGCUGAGGGUGAGAGAGAGAGCAAGGAGGAGAUGCCCAGGCAUGCUACUUUUCAUUUUCUCUUGCCUAGCCAGAUCCUACAGGUGGGACCUGAAAUAAAAGUCCAGCCAGAUGUUCCAGCUGGCAUCAGUGUACACUGGGAUGGAAGCCACAAUCUCUGUUUCUACUUACUUAACCGUCCACUCAAGGAGAAAGUUGAUUCUGACCCAAAACCUGAUGUUGUGUGGCCAUGUGCAGCUCCCAUUGCAUGCUCAGCUGUCAGCUCCUGCUCCAGGUACCUGGCGCUGGCAUGUGAAGAUGCAACAAUAACUAUUUGGGAUAAACAUCUCGGGUACCCGCUGUCUGUGGUUGCCAUUCUAGAGGAACGUCACAUCCGUAGCAUCCACUUCCUGCAGAGUUUGGCAGCUGCCAGUGAUAAGACACCUUGUCCUGGUGCAGAUCCUGCCUGCCCCGUCGUGCAGCUUCUAGUGCUGUGCACAGACAGCUCCUUAUAUUUGGUGAAAGCACCCAGGGCUGGGGAGUCCAGCAUCACACUCCUGGCAGACAGGCCUGAAGAUCCAAGUGUUGCUGUCAGCGCCGUGGUGCCUGUCCUGGCAUUCCCCAGUGCUGCCCUGGUCUUCUCCUGGGAUGGCAGAGUGUCCCUGAUGAACACUGCCACAUCACAGGUGGUUUUCUGCUUCUGCACUCCACCUUCUCAGGCUGUAGCGUCGCCCUGGCAGCCAGUGUUCACAGUGGACAGUGUGAACUGGGGCUUGCUGCUUCGAGGAGAUAAGCAGCAGCAGGCAGGUGCAUUGGCACAGAGCAGAGCCAGUCACAGCACCAUCUUCCUUUUUGAUUUCAACUCCUACCCACUGAAGGAGGCUUUCCCAAAGGAAGCAGAUUUACCUCUCAAAUCCUCGCAGAACCUGCCAUGGAUGGAGAGAUGUAACAUUUUCUUACGUGAGAGGCAGCAGAGCCUGUCGGGACUCAGGGAGCUGUCACCUGAGUACUGGAGUCGGCUGCAGGCACAAGCAGUGGCCAUGGACCAGGAGAGACAGAAAGUGAAGGGCCAGAAGAGGCCGUAG